GGCCGGAAGUGGUGUUCGGCAUGGAGGGCUCCGUGUCAGACGUCGGUGUUUGCAACCUGGCCUAUGCCGGGCGGCUGGAGGAGCUGCGGGGUCAGCUGCUGCGCGACAGGGCUCUGGCCACCAAGGCCGACCAGGGCAACCGGACAGCGCUGCACUGGGCCUGCUCGGCCGGGCACACCGAGAUCGCCGACCUCCUCCUCGGCCUCGGCGUGCCCGUGGGCGACAAGGACGAUGCUGGUUGGACUCCCCUACAUAUCGCCUCUUCAGCAGGCCGUGAGGAAAUUGUGAAAGCCCUCAUAGCCCAGGGUGCUCCUGUAAAUGCUGUCAAUCAGAACGGCUGUACGCCCCUGCAUUAUGCAGCCUCCAAAAAUAAACAGGAGAUUGCAGUUAUGCUUUUGGAGAACGGAGCUGAUCCAGAUGCAAGAGAUCAUUUUGAAUCCACCCCGUUACACAGAGCAGCAGCCAAAGGAAACCUAAAAAUGGUGCAGAUCCUUCUCCAGCACAACGCAUCUGUUGAUAUACGGGACUCUGAAGGGAAUACUCCUCUUCAUUUAGCCUGCGAUGAAGAGAGAGUGGAGGAGGCGAAGCUGCUGGUGUCUCAUGGUGCAAGUAUUCACAUUGAGAAUAAAGAAGAGCUGACCCCACUGAAAGUGGCCAAGGGUGGCCUGGGAGCCAUACUUAAGAGGAUGGUGGAAGGCUAGUGGGGACUGCUGGCUUGACUCUUUCCUGUGGCACUUGCAUUCGAGAUUGCAGUCUUGGUAUUUUGAUAGUUCCUCUGGGAUGUGGUGUAUGGGCAUCAGUGUGGUGAUACAAUGUGUAUCUUUAGCUUUCUUUCAAAUACAGUGCCAAAA